AUGUUUGGAUCUAUUGCUAUGAAUUAUGAAGUGGAUCAGCAGGACCUACUCUUCUAUUGCCCGACGACUAAGGAAACUGCUGCAAAUCGAGAUAAGCUGAUGCGACUAGUGAUACCUGAGACUCUUCAACAGGACGUUUUGCACCACUAUCAUACGAGUCUACAGGGUGGUCAUCAAGGGGUUGGUCGCACCUAUGAUCGGAUCCGUGAUCACUUCCACUGGAGAGGUCUGCAUAAGAGAGUACAUACGUGGGAGAAUGCGUCGACUGUGAAACAGGCAAAGGAAGACCUCGGAUCCAGGGCGAGUCACAUGGCAACAUACCCAUUUCAGGUCAUUGCCAUGGAUCAUAUACCUUCAUUGCCUAGAUCCUUCAACGGCAACACUGAAUUGCUAAUUUUCGUGGAUCUAUUCUUAGGAUACGUGAUCGCCAAAGCCAGCGCCUCUAGAUCCGCCCAAACAAUCGCCGAGACCUACGAAGAGUGUGUCUUCCGCGCCAACGGGCUACUAUGGCGUAUCGACCCCAAGCUAAUGGAUCUGCAGAACGUAUGGUCUAGACAACUACCAGGGCUCUUAAGAUGUACGUGGAAGAUCUGGAUCAACGAGAUUGGGACGAGUAUGCGGAACGACUCACUUUCGCGAUCAACACCGCAAGAGAUCGGAUCGGAGGUGAAACGCCUUUCUAUAUGA